CCGAGGGAGGCGGGACGGGGCUCCUGGUACGUAAGGCGAGAGCUCGGUUACUCGAUACCCAAAGAUUUCUCCGCCAGCGGAGAGCGGGGCAACGGCGGUGAUUUAUUCGCCUGCAAUCUGGUUGCCCAGAGAGGCUGGCCGAGGGCCUGAUAAGCACCCUGAAUGGAGCCUGAUGUCAUGCUAGUGUCAAGCUGGUAGCUUCCCAGAACAGAAAGCCCGGGAGCGUCACUCGAGGAAGGCGGGGAGGGGGGGGGGAGAAGAAGACCUUGCUCAGUCUCGCCUCCCACCCGCGUCGUUCCCAGCCUCGCCACGACACGCCUUCCCUCACCCUCCCGCCAGCUCAACUUUCGGCUCCGGCCGGUGGGAGAAAAGGGUCCCGGGAGGCCGGGCGGCCGGACUGCCAACCCCACCGGCUCCUCAGCUCCAUCGAGCUCCGUCCGAUCUUCUUGGAAGGGAAGGAGCGCCUAUUUGCCCUACCUAAAGCAGUUCUUUCCUGAAGAGCCAAGAGUAUUUGCCAUCAUUCCAUCAUGAUGGCUACACCCAGGACACAAUUGCCAUGUCUUUGGCUUCUUGUGCUUUCCACGACAACAUGUUUAGCCCAAGGGACUUCACCACCACCAUCCCCACCACCAGGAUGUGGCAAGGACUUGAACUCCAUCUACUACAACCUCUGUGACCUAUCUGUCGCCUGGGGCAUUGUGUUAGAAGCCGUAGCCAGCUUUGGUAUUGUCACCAGUUUUGUCCUCACUGUGGUCUUAGUGGCCAGUCUGCCUUUUAUCCAAGACUACCGGAAGAAGAGCUUAAUAGGGACUCAAGCUUUCUUUCUGUUGGGCACUUUGGGGCUUUUCUGCUUGACCUUUACCUUCAUUGUUAAGCAAGACUUCUCAACAUGUGCUUCACGACGCUUCCUCUUUGGUGUCCUCUUUGCUAUCUGCUUCUCCUGCCUGGCUGCCCAUAGCCUCAGUCUCAAUUUCUUUGCCCGGCAAAACACUGGGCCUCGGGGAUGGGUCACCUUUGGCAUGGCUUUUGUCCUCGUCUUGGUUGAAGUCAUCAUCAACACUGAGUGGCUCAUUAUUACUGUGGUGAGGAAUGAUGGUACUGCCAAGGAUCCUUGUGAACUGAAGAACGAGGACUUUGUCAUGGCACUCAUCUAUGUAAUGUUCCUGCAAGUAGCUACUUUCAUUGCUACGUGGCCUGUCUUGUGCGGACAUUACAAGCACUGGAGAAAGCAUGCCGUUUUCAUUCUCCUCACUACUUCCUUUUCCAUGGCCAUCUGGAUAGUAUGGAUUGUUAUGUAUGUUUAUGGCAACCAGCAGGACCAGAGAUCAACGUGGGAUGAUCCCACAUUGGCUAUUGCUCUUGUCUCCAAUGCCUCGGUGUUUGUUUUGUUGUAUGUCAUUCCUGAGAUUUCUCAGGUGAUCAAGCCAGGACCAGAGCAGGCCUAUGAGGAUGAUGUCUACCCCACACGGGGGGUUGGUUAUGAAACAAUCCUCAAGGAGCAGAAAUCCCAAAGCAUGUUUGUGGAGAACAAAGCUUUCUCAAUGGACGAACCUUCUUCAGCUAAAAAGCCUGUGUCCCCAUACAGCGGAUACAAUGGGCAGCUUCUGACAAGCGUCUAUCAGCCCACAGAGAUGACUUUAAUGCACAGUGGGCCUUUGGAUGCCCCGUAUGAUGUCAUCCUCCCUCGUGCUACGGCCAACAGCCAAAUGAUGGGCAGUGCCAAUUCUACCCUGCGUGCUGAUGAUGCUUAUGUUUCACAGAGUAAGCAAGCAUUGGCUCAGAAAGAUGGAAGGAAUGGGCAAGUGAGCGAAAUGGCUUCAUCUCCAUAUAGCAAGCACAGAUGGUAGAAGUUUUGAGUCCUGAUCUCCGGACAUCCUGUUGCUUGAGGAUGCCUUACAAAGCCUGCCUCCACAAAGGAGCAUCUAACUGGGGCAAGGCCUCAGAUAGACAUGGAGAAUGGAGAUGUUAUCCUGGGAACUGAGAAAAUUUCAUCUUGGUUGCUGAGGCAAUGCAUUUUUUUUUCUCAUGCAUAAACCAAGCGUUCUACUUGACAUCUGUUACAGUAAAUCUGGGUCACUGGGUCAGGAUGCCACCUCCUGUUCUGUGUUCCAAACAGUGGGCCUUCUAUUCUCCUUGGAGCCUUCAGUCAAAUUUAUAAUUCCACCUCUGUUUUGCCAGUAUUUUGAGAGCCUCCCUUAUUUUCACCCCACCAAUGAUGGGGCCACAUUCAGUGCAUUGAAUCUUGUUCAUUUUGUACAAACAUGGCGCUAUGAGCGCAGAGGAGUUCCACUCUACAGACCACAAUUCAGCCUCUUGUUGGAAAAUUAGUUGCUUUCCUGCAUCCUCCCAUCUCAUGUCUACUCCCACAAGAGAGUGUUUUGGAAAUUAGAAGGGUAUCACUCCAAUUGUUCUUUAAUAGAGGCCAUUCUUCUUAACGGAGAGAGCGAAACUGGUCAAAUGUAGCAAGAACUCUUACUUGAAGCCUGUUUUGCUUUCUCCUGAUCCUUCUGCUUUUGGACCAAGCCCUGGAAUGUGACAUCAUGGUAUUGUUUUUGGAAUCCUUAUUAUCUCCUCUUCUGUUAAUCCCUCCCUGUUAUGAAAAUUAAGGCCGCAUUUUUUUUUUAUGCUCGAUGUUUUACUUUGAAUGCCUGUCUUUAUGCAGCAGGGAGAAUCUACUUUAUAUUGUGGUCAGAGUCUUAAACAUUCUUAUCUGACAUUGACAACCAAGUUGGUGAUUGAACAUGGACCUGAAAGGAGGAAGUUAUGUUAAAAUGAUACUUUCAUUUCACAACAGAUAAAAUGGUGGGAUUUGCAAGACUGCUGUCAGUAACUGUUGUGUCAAAAAGGUUCAUUGCCGAUUGUGCUUUCAUUAUGGAUAAGCCUUCCUUAACUUGAUCUUUUCUCAACCUGAAGGACUACGACUAUCAUCCCAACCAGAGUGGGAGUGCAAGAUAACUGGUGGGCCCAGAUGGUGGUGGUGGUGAAAUGCAGAUCUAUGAAGGGCAAGUGAAGGACUUUAAUUGCAAGGAGAGGCCAGAGGGCUCCAGAAGGCAAGAGAUGGGUGGUUUCACGUAACUGCACAAACUAUUCCAGUGUUAAAGGGUUGUGUGCUGCUGAAAUGGAGUUUUGCUACGGAAAUGGAUGCCGUCAGGCUUAAAACCAUCUGGGAGUGGCAGUUUCACUACAGAAACAUAAUUGUCUCUUUUUGGCAUUACUCAUCUUGCUUUACCUCGUCCUCACCAGGUGAGGAUGAGUCACCUCCAUUUAGGAUAUUUUAUUGUGCUGACUUACCCUUUCUCAUCUUUUUGUGCUGUUCUUUGCAGAAUUGUUCAGGCUCUGGCUUUACUCUGAAACAACAACUUUCCUCUGUGUAGAGUGGUCUCCCAGCCACCUCUGAUGAAGUGGGUUCUGAGAUGCACAGUCUUACGCCUCAAUAAAUCUAUCUGAUAUGCCUUCAGUCCUUUUCAUGGUAUCCCACUUUCUCUUCAUGCCUUGGUGUGAUAGUUCCUGGCUGCUGGCCUGCCUGUCCUUAUGCUGCUGUUGUGUGCCAUUUUUCUCUUUGCUGCUUCUUCUUCCCUCUUUUGGGCAGAAAAGGGGUGCUCUUUCUCUCUCAUAUGCUAGCAGGAGAAGGAAGCUACUUUGAUAAAAAGAAGCGCUGCCUGUUUCUUGCAAUGCCUUUUCACCAAGUCUUCUUCUGGCCUCCUAGACUGACGUCCUCUGAAGUUUAGCCUGCUUUUGUUGUGUAAGCAUUUUGAGCAGGUAAAUUCUUUUCCAGACUUCUCCAAACAAGGAGCCUUCAAAUGUACAGGGACAGGUGACUCCACGAAUGUUCUUUGGGCCAGCCUUCUGAUUGGAAAGGUGUUCUUUACUGUCUGUAGGAGGACCAUGCCCCUGCCUGUAGAGUCUGUGCUCAGGAAGUGGAAGGACCAAGUUUAUACUGACUCAGACCAUGGCUAGUCUUGCAUUGAGUCAUGAUUUCUGUCUGUCUUGCUGAGAAUGCUGUUCUGUACCUUGCUAGAGGAUGAGUCUGCUUCUAGUUUUUGGCUGAAACAUUCUCUGCUCUGAUAAUGAGGAAUGAUGUAAUCUCCCUCUGCUAACGCAAGCUGAGUAAAUGGCAGAAGAAUAAGGAGGAAUGUCCCCGGCUGCUGUUUCAUCCACGCUACUCUUUAAGCUGAGAUUGGAGAAGUUGAUUCUUAUCAGAUAUGGCUUUUUUAAAUUCAGAAUUGUCUGACAAAUUAAAUAUCUUUUUUCCUACAAGUGGCUUCUGACUUCUUCUUGUGUCAUAUUCUUUUGUGGGAUUGAGAACAAAGGAGGAAGAGUUGACAAAGAGAGUUGACAAAAAUUACAAAUAUUUCUCUUCUGUGCAUUUCCUAACUGAUGGAUUCAGCUGAUUAAUAGGAAGGAUUUGGACUUCCCAGAACAUUGAACUUGAUUAUUCUAUGAUUUGAAAACUCAGAUCAGUUGUAUUUGACACAGGAUUUAUUUUCUGGACAAUGUAUGGAACAUAACAUUCUGUUCCAGUCUGGUCAAUGUUCUUGUUUCGCUCUUGUUUUUUUCUUUUUAACUUUUUUUUAAAAGACAAGUAAUCUGCCUAAGUAUUUAUACUAAUGAUAUUAACUGUAAUACAUUUUGGAGCAAUAAACAUUCUCUCCAACAUGCUCGCUUUUUUCCAGCAUGCAGAAAUAUUCUUUCUUGUGGCCGUGAUUCUCCCUCAGAAUUAUUGGAUGAGAGUCCCCUCAUCUUUAUACCAGAUAUCCCAAAGGUAGUUUUCAGAAGACAACUGGACUUUUUUUUGGGGGGGGGGGGUUCCCCUUGAAAAUAUUUCACUUCUCAUCCAAGAAGCUUCUUCAGAUCUAAAGAAGCAACUUCUUGGAUGGGAAAUGAAACAUUUUCAAGGGAAAAAAAACCCCAAGAAAGUCCAGUUGCCUUUUGAUGAGCAUUUUUGGGACAACUAUGACCCUGAUAAUAGAGAAUCUCCAUAGACGCUUUGUACCAAAUGUUGUGGAACUCUAGAAAAUAAGAUGGCAAGACCCUAUUUUCUGUGUGCUGAUAGCAUUUCACUCUAUCUACAAGCAGGAGAAUCUUUCAUUAUUUAGGAGUCCGGCGAUCAAGAACUGGCUACCUGUUUCUUGCUAAAAUUGCAAAUUUGUUACCUGUCUUUAGGACUGUUGUUAUCUUCAAAUUACAAGCAGCUUCUUUUAAAUACCAGCUACUAAAGAAUAACCCAAGAAGUUACAUUAUCUAGUUGGGCAUUGUGUGACAAAGAAUACUGUAUUAAAUAGCCCAUUGGUCUGAUUCAGCAGGCUCUUCUUGGGACCUUCUGGUUAGGUCGCUCUUUCUUAUGGAAGUACAAUGUACUUUGAUAUUGUACUUUGUGGUGGUUGACAUUGUGGUGUAGUCCAGCCUCAUCCUUAGACUGCUACUCAGGUAGCUGCAUUAGUCUUGCAUUUUUCUGAAUUUCUAGCCAAUAAAAACUUACCAAUGGCUUAUUUUUUGCUCUUCUACCAACUUGGAUGUGGGGUGCCCGUGCAGAGAUAGUGAAUGAAUAAAGAUAUUUAUGAAUAAGGAUAUUUUCUGAAUAAAGAUUUUUUUUCUUAGUGGAGUCCUUAGUGUUCUCUGAGCUUGGUUGUUUUGUUGCAAACAUUUCAUUAUCAAACUAGGUAACAUCAGUGCAUUCUUUUCUUUCUCCUUAUAUAGUCAUUUCAGGUCAGAUUAGGCCAGUAUAGGAUAGUGCUAAUUAAAAGGAAAAGAAACUUCACAUUAUAUUAUUAGCUUAUAGCCUGACCAUGGACUUGACAGUUUUAGGAGUAGCAGUAGACAUCUUUCUCAAAUAAUUGUAGUUGUCCUCUGGAAUGGUGAGCAAAAUUUGUGAAUAUAUGAUAUAUGUCAAGAUCUUCCAAGAAAUAUUUUUGCAUAUUCCACUUUUAUAGGAAUAGCAUCAAUAAUGUUGAACCAGUGUUCUAACUACAGCUGUAUUUGUUCUGUCAAAAAUGAUUUAGUUAAAAAAAACAACAGUUUAUUAAUCCAUCUAACAUUGCAAUCUCUUUUUAACAAGUCUUUAAAAACUGCUACGUCAUCUAUUUGCUGAAAUGCUCCACAAAGUUUGUUAUUAUGCUUGAGGUGUUUCUCAAGCAGGAGACAUGAAACGACCAUAAUGUCUUGUGAAGCGUGACAUUGUUUUCAAAACACAUCAGCCCUAACAAACUUUUCUGGAGUGCCUCGAUUAAUACACAGUGGACUGGAGGUCAUGCCAAGUUCAGGGGCUACAUCCCUCAGCCAGGUAGCCUUUCGUACUGGCAGCAAUUUUUCUGCCACUCCCGGAAAUGGCAGCCUGAGCAAACCGCACCUCCAUUAAUUAUUUAGCUGCCCAGAGUGCUCUGC